GAAGAAUUUAUUCAUAAACACUAGUACAUUAUUUUUUUGCGCGGCUCAAUUAUAUUCCGAAAAUUCUUGUGUGGUUCGAUUUAAAAACCCGAUUCGAAAAAAAUGAAUAUUGAAUAUGUUUCCUGUAAAAUAUCGGCCAUUUGUUGGCUACAUAAUGAUCAUUGUUUACGACAAUCAUCAAACGAUUCGAAUGAAUUAUUCUGGCUAUGUGGAACUUAUUCAUCAACAAAUAAAAAUUUUCUAACAAUUUAUUCAAAACAACAACAAUCAAUUAAUAAUGAUCAACGAUCAGCCGGUAUUGUACAGUUGAAAAAUAUUCAUAAAUCAGUUGAUGCUGAUGUUAUUGCUUUGGCUAAUUAUGAUAAACGAUCAUCAUUUUAUAGCCUAUCGAAUGGUCAAAUAUCAUUGAUACAAUAUGAUCGAGAAUCAGGUUUUCAAUCCAUACAUGAUUGGUUUAAUGAAGAUAUUCGUGUUCAUCAAUCAACAGCCAUUGUUGUUAAUAAUUCUUCUGAAUUAAUUUCUUGUGGUCUUGAUGGUCGUCUUAUGUUUUUCGAUAUUCUUUCACGAAUGACAUCGAAAAGUCGACCAUUAACAAUGAAUUCGCUUCAUUGUAUGGAUAAAAUAUCCGAUAAUGAAUUCAUAUGUGGUACAACAUCUGGUCAUCUUAAAAUAUUCGAUCAUCGUACUGAAAAUGUUGAAUUGAAUUUGGCCAAUGAAUUGUCAAUCAUAACGGCAGUUAAACGAAACAUUCAUAAUCCACAUAUUGUUGCCUGUGGUAAUGAUCUUGGAUUAUUAAAUAUUUGGGAUCUUCGUAACACUGGCCAUCGUCCAAUGCAACCUGUUUCAGUUCAUGCAGCCGAAAUCAAUUGCCUUAAAUAUAUUGCAAAUGAACGAAAUACAAUUAUGACAAGUGGUUUAGAUGGUCAACUAAUCAAAUGGAAUAUUUCGAAUGAUUUUGAAAUCGAUACUGUCGAAGCGAUUGUCGAUAAAAAUAAUACCUAUCCAAUCAAUUGUUUUGAUAUAAAUGAAAAUCAAAUUGUUUUUGCCGAUGAUAAUGAAGUUUUGUAUUUAACAACAUUUUAA